ACUCGACACCACACUCCCGCCCGCGGCCCGGACGAGAGCGCGCGUGUCUACUCUGUGAUCGUACUUCCCGGGAAACCAAAACACGACAUCACAAAAUAUCAAAACAAGUGAAAUAAACAGACAAAUAAAAUGAUAUGAAAGUUACAACGGACUCCCAAAACUAUUAAAGAAUUUGUUAAAGGGAAUGAAUGAUCUAUAAAACCUUCGCUGUAGCGGCAAAGUAUCACAUUUUAGGUUGAUAAGGGUGUGGCAUCGCCAUCAUGCCAAUCAUCCAGUCGUGUUGCUGCUGGCGAAGUCUCCGACGAGGGUGCUACGCCUCCGCAGUCUACACUAUGGUGUACUUCUCGGUUACAAUUGUGACCAUGGGGCACUUCAUAGAUGUGGAACAGCGAUACCUGAGCGGCGCCAUGACGGAACCAGAAUCAGAAAGCUUCCUCGAACCAGACAAAAUAACACCAAUAACGGUGUCGCUGAACAUCACGCUGCUGGCGAGCAGCACGCUCGGGCUGAUAUCCUGCGUACUGCUCAUACUCGGCGUCUACAAGGACAUCAAGUUCAUGCUUCUGCCGUGGGUAGUGGCGAUGGCAAUGGAGACUUUGGUUGAGGUUAUAAAUCUCAUUUACCUGUUCUACUUACAAACGGUUGACUUCAAUCCGAUAACUGCGUUCCUGUUUACGUUGGAUUUCUUCAUCGUUAUUCUGAAUAUUUAUGCCACGGUAUGCGUGAUAUCGCAGUUCCAAGAGUAUCUGGCAGGCCGGGGAACAGCAGCUUUCGACUAUUCUGACAGGUUAGCGGCGGUCCAGUAUACGGCGACGGCGCAGCACACUACCACCACCAGCUCAGCCCCCAGCGGCCGGCGGCGCUCUGCUGGCAAGUCCAUGCCGAGCCGAUGUGACCCUGAGGAGUUCUCCGAAGCGCCCACCAAAGCUAUUACGUCUGUGCUGUCUAAGCCUAGUCGUUCGGCGGUGAAGAAACACGUGCAGUUCCCCGACGAACAGAGUUGCAUCGAGGAAGCUGUGGAGCCUCCAGCGCGGGUCACACCUGACGAAAAAUCUGAGGGCCGCGUGAUCAGCUCGUUGUGGAUGGAGCUGGAGUCGGAGUCGCAGCCGCCCGAGCGCUGACGUCGGCGCAGCGAGCAGUUCUACCGGCCCGUGUCGCGCGCGCGUCUCGAGCGCCGCAAGAUGUCCGCCGCCGGGGUGCCGCCCGCAGAAAAAACCAAGGACUCCUACUUAUAAACUCACGUGAGAGAAACAAAAUAGAGGUAUUUUUUCAGUCGUCUCGUAAAGACUGAGUUCUCGCAUGUAGCGGCUUGGUUGGAAAAAAUUGUACUUAUUAAGGGUUUAUUCGAUCAAUAAUGUUACGUAGUACACCCCUGGACUCCUUAUACAAUUGUCAGGUUAAAUGCUCACGCAAUUUUAUUUUUUCAUAGGAAUUAUUAAAUAUACCUAGUAGGUACCUACCUAAUAAAGUAGACGCGAUCCAGCCGUUAUAAUGUUCGAGGGCUCUUGGAUAGUGUGGUUACGGUUAAAUCACCUCUGAUUUUACAAUUUAUAAGUUUAAAAACCUAAAAACCAAUUUAAAUUAUAUUAUCCAAAUUGAAAAUAUUUACUAUUAGGUGUACAUCAGGUAUCACACCUAAGUAUAUGUACUAUACUAUUGCGUACCAAUGUAGCCUACACAAUAUAAUAAUUUUCUUGCCAAAAUACUAAGAUGAUUUUAUGGGAAAAUUCCAAUAUCCACAAAGCGUUCGCAACAAAAGUAAUCAGGUGGUGUGAACCUUCUUGUCAAAGCCCGGAUGUUCCGGAUAUCAUGGGAACUACAAUCAAGACAACUUGCCGGCUUCUGAACGGGCUAGGACAGCCCAUUCAAUGUGGCUAUAUUAAGUACGACCCUUGGUAUAAUUUACCUGCAAUUUUCCGUGUUGAUACCCAGCGUACGAGGAUCAAAUGGAUCCGAAACUGAUGAGCUGAUAAGCUUUUUGAAUUAUAGUUAAAUUAAACAAUAAGUAAGUAGGUACCUACACUGUUUUUUUAGAUAAAGAAGGUACUUAACGAAAAUUGUUUUAUUCUAUAUUAAUUAUGUUUUCCAUUAAACUCUGUCAUUAUCAUUAACAAACUUCAUAGAUUCCAACUUAGAUAUUACAAAUUUUGUAAAUGACAAUUAAGUAACUCAACGUAAUUCACACCUGAAUUAUAAUCAGUCUUACGCGAAUUCCCUAAUUUUGAUGAGAUCACUCUGAAAAAUUAAUGUUUGAACAUUAAUCUAACUUAGUAAGUUAUAAACAGUAGGUUAUGAACCGUGAAAUAAAUAUUAACUUAUUUAAGCCACUAACGGACAGGUACGUCGAAGUUAGGUACCUAUAUAAUUAGUACUUUAACGAUGAUACCUGUAGGUACAUUGCGUUACUAUUUCAAUAAGUACCACAUAUUUAGAUGUUUGUAGGUAUACCUUAUUAAUUAUUUGGCAAGGAAACAUUUAACGACGGAAACAAUACUGUUUAAUAUCAAUAACGAUGGACCCUAUGAAAGGCAAAAAUAUAUCAGCGUAAAUAUUUGUUCAAGUGGGAGGAAACAACGAUCUAUUUGAUACCUAUUUACUUGGGUCUUCAGAAGAUUGAUUUUAUGGCUUACUCGCUAACUGCCCAAAAUGUGGCUAAAGCCGUGUCUUUAGAUCUAUGAUCUUUGCAAAUGUUCAAAAUAUUGCCCUAAUUGAUGUCAAAUUAUUUACCUACAGACAGGCGUAACUCAUGUUCGUAAGUAAUCAAAUAUUGGGGUCGGUAUCGACUUUUAUAACCUACUUACCGAAAAUAAUAAGCAAAGUAUAUUUUCCUUACUCCAAGUCUGAGAGAUGUAUUAAAAGUCAAAUAAGUUUUGGCCUUAUCUGGACAUUCUUUGAUGUUCGAUUUAUAUUCCAGUCGAUAAGAUCCUCCUGAGCCUCUCUCCAAAUAAGUAAAUAUUUUUUCUAUCAAUAUUUCUUGUCAUAACUAUGCAAGUUUUAGGGUUCUACCAUGGUCUACGGACAUUAACUCGGAACAUCACUUCCUUAACUAGUUACACACUUAGGUACAUGAAUUCAUCCCAAAUAGGGCGGGCAGAGCCACUAUUACGACCGCAUCGCCGUGAGAUGAUUCAUCGCGAAAGUUGGAAUAGAAACAAUUUAUUUGCACUUUAGACAAUAUGAUUUUUAUUAUUUGAAAGUGAAUUUCUCAGUACCUCCUGCCCAUUAGUCCCGAGUACGGAAAGAGUAGUCUCCGGCCAACUCGCCGUUCAUCUGUAAGAACUGUCAAGGUUUCCUCAGUAGGUAGGUACUAACGUCUAUUCGUCGAACAACUUUUCUUAUCCAUAAAAGAAUUUCUUGGCUAAGGAAAAUGAUCAACUUUAUGCUUCGAGAACUUUCACCGGUCCAGUUAGUGGCUAUCUAUCAUGAAACUAAUUGUGUAACGCUACUACUAUAUGAUAAGUAGGUAUUUAUAUACUUUCGUGACUUAUUUUCUUUCUUUGAUGUCCCAUAAAUAAAGAAAUCGCUGUUAUAUGUACCUGCUUAUGGUUAUACUCAGGUACUAUGUCAAUUGUUAAUAUCAAAUAAUUAUAAAAAAGGUGAUUUAACUGUAACUACUGUAAAGACAGGGUACAAGAAAGCUAGUUAUGUUUUGUAAUAUUUAUUAUUAGUAUUAACGGUAAGUUUGUAUAAUAUUAAACGAUGUUGUUUAUUUAAAAAACAAACGCAUCAGUGCAGUGCCAACCUUCUUUCGUAGUAGGUAGUAGGUAGGCUUAAUUCCAAAAUAUUGAUAUUUCAUUACCGUAUCAAAUUAUUUAAAAAAAUGCAAGUAGACAACAUUUUAUAACAUUAAGUAAAAUAUAUUUCCUUUAUCAGCAAAGUCAAGCGAAGACCAAAAAGUAUAUAUACCUACCUAUAAGAAAAAAAAAUCCGCAAAGGCACCUAAGUAGGUUCAUUUUAAUACGUCGGUAAUUAUUUGUGAUUGUUACAAUAAAAUGGAUCUGUUGCUAAGAAAAGGCACACGUUUCGAAAUACUUUCAAUAAUCAGUAGGUACUUUUAACAAGAAAAUAAAUCAUACUUUACUGGAGAUAUACGACCCCGCGCCUUGCCCUUACAUUACGUGCUCCCCACUUCUUGUGUGGGACAGGGGUACACUAUGACGAGACACACACACACACCUACACACGGACGGGGUCGGCGACACGACGUGCGUGAGCGUGAGUGAAACUCGAAUUCGGGUGUACAGUCAUGGGCAAUAUCAUGUACCCACUGUAGAACCCUGUCGCAUUUCAAAAAAGUUAAUGUGACAUGGUUUCAAAGUGUAUACCAUAUUAUGUACUUAUUAGUACUCGUGACCGUACUUGCAAACAGUACUGUUUUAAAAAAUCUGCUCCUACUUUUUAUAAAAGAGACUUUAAUAAUUUUAUUUAUGAGCAAAUAUAUUAUUACCUACUUACCCAAAUGCCCAUUGUAGUUAAAUUUUAUACAGGAAUACUAUCUGGCGUUGUAACUUCGAUUCCAGUUAAUUACCAUUUGUGGAUAAUCAAAGUAAAUAUUUAAACGCCGUAAUUGUGUUUUUAAGAAAAGAAACUGUACUUAUUAAGUACAUAUUUCAUCUUAUUUUUUACUGUACUGUUAUAUAAUUUCGUAAGACCCGGAUUUCCAGACACAAUAGUUAAACAAUGGGAUUUGGAUUUUAAAAGGACUUUGGGCCUUACGACCAUAUAGGUACCUACCUCAGUACUUUUAAUAUAAAAUUCAUGUAGUGGUAAUUAGAACUUGGGGAGAACGCCCUGGUGAAACUUUAUUGUAUUUACAAAAGUAAGUAAGUGAAAAAGCAGAUACUAUCUAUGAAAAAUAUUUUAUUAUUUUUAAACAAAUAUACAGCUAAAACAAAACUAAAAAUAGGUGCGGUACCUAAACGUUAAGAAAUAUAUAUGUUACCGGCCAAACCCGAUUUUAGGCCAAACUAGUUUUGCCUAGGCUAAACUAGUUCAUUCUAUAUGCGAUCGGAUAAACCGGUACAGACUAGGCCAAACUGGUCUGUCCUAAGGGUGAUAGGAGGAACUAGUUUAUCCUAGGAGGAACUAGUUGAGCCUAAUAAAAAUAAGUUCACUUCAGGAUAAACUAGUCUGGCCUAGGAGAAACUGGUUGGGUUAGCUUCUAUGAAUGGGUACACGUCAAGAAAGCUAGUUAGCUUAGCCUAUUUUAUGCUAACAGGGAAUAAUAAAAUACCAGAAAUACUAGUUAUAAAAUCAAGAUGUAUUUAUCAUUUGUAAUUUGUAAAUUAUUAAUUAGAUAAGAUUGUAUUAUUAAUGUUUAUCAUUUAGAACAAAAUAAAUUUCACUUAUUUUUGCAUGCUGUACUCUGAUGGCAUUUGGAAUUGCAGAGCACCUUCUUUUUAAAACAUAACUGUCAUUCUAGUCCAGGUAAAUACGGCGCCGACUUUAAACAUUUCUGACUAGGAAAUAUUAGUAUAGACUAGGCCAGACUAGUUUAUCCUGAAGUGAACUUAUUUUUAUUAGGCUCAACUAGUUCCUCCUAGGAUAAACUAGUUUCUCCUAUCACCCUUAGGACAGACCAGUUUGGCCUAGUCUGUACCGGUUUAUCCGAUCGCACAUAGGAUGAACUAGUUUAGCCUAGGCAAAACUAGUUUGGCCUAAAAUCGGGUUUGGCCGGUAACAUAUACAUAAUUCUACCAUAAGUAAUUAAUAUCUAACCUAACACCCAAAUGAUAAAUGUUAAUUAUUUAUUGUAAGGUAUGUUUUGUUUAAUUGAAUUUAGGCGUCACGUGACGUCCAAAAAGUGAGCUUAAACUUGGGAACCAAGUAGUCAAAGGAAAAAUACUGGGUACCUAUUUAAUCUCACGACAUAUUUAUGUGUUCCAUCUUUUACCUGCUUACCAACCAUCAUAAUAGCCACUCCGUAUUUUAAUAUAGCAAAAACAAGUAGGUACCUACUUAUCAGUAUUUAGCAGUACGUUGUUUGUCUGCGUUAAUUAUGUGCCCCUACUCCGUGUCUGAAGUCAUAGAUGUAGAUCUCUGAUGAAUAACUGUUGUUAAAUAAACUGUGUCUAUAUUAA